CUCAAAUGACAUCAUCGUUACGUAGCAGGAAGUAAUGCGGCGACAAAACCGUGCUUGGUAUAAAACCUCAAACAGGAGCGGCUGCAUCAGAUAAACGCGCAAUUUAUAUGGCGAAUCAGUAACAUCAGCGACACGACAACCGCAGCGACGAAAGAGACAUUAGUGAAGCUAUUCGUCCAAAGCGACAGGAGGCAAAGCGCACUUGCAUUAAAGAGGAAGAUGUGGGCAAAUGAAUUUGUUCACUUCAAUGAACAAAUGGAGCAGAAGUUUCUUUGCACCAUAAAAGAGGAGGAAGAGCCUGAGCGGCCUUGUAGUAAAGAGGAGGCUGAAGAGUCCUGUGACAUUAAAAAGGAGGAGGAGGAGGAUACCUGCAAAAUGCCAUUGACUGGUGUUCCCGUAAAGAGUUUAGAUGAGGGUCAACAGGAGGUGAGCAAAGGGGCGGAGCCUCCAAGCUGCAGCUCAAGUCAACCAAUGACCAGAGAAGGUGAUGGAGACCACUGUGGAGGAUCCCAAGCAGCUCCACCAUCAGAUAGUGAUGACGUGUCGUCGCAUGUUCCUGCUGCUGCUGCUGCUGCUGCUGCUGCUGCUGCUGCUGCUGCUGCUGCUGCUGCUGCUGCUGCUGCUGCUGCUGCUGAGUCUCAAAACAAACACAGGCAAUGUUCUCAGUGUGGGAAAUGUUGUGCUAAUAACAGUGUUUUGAAACAACACAUGAAAAUGCAUGCUGGCGAAAAACCUUUUUCCUGCUCAGUUUGUGGCCAAAACUUCUCUCAGAAGGGACACUUGAAAACUCAUACAAGAAUCCACACUGGCGAGAAACCUUUUUCAUGCUCAGUUUGUGGCAAAAGAUUCCGUCAGAAGGAAACCUUAGAAAGGCACACAACAGUCCACACUGGUGAGAAACCUUUUUCAUGCUCAGUUUUUUGUGGCCAGAAAUUUAGUCAAAAGGGACACUUAAAAAGUCACACAAGAAUCCACACUGGCGAGAAACCUUUUUCAUGCUCAGUUUGUGGCCGAAAAUUCAGUCAAAAGGGAAACUUAAAAAGGCACACAAUAAGCCACACCGGUGAGAAACCUUUUUCAUGUUCAAAGAAGUGA